GUCUCAUCAGUCUCGAUGCAUCCUGUACGCGACAUUCACCUGGAAAGGCUAAACCAUGCUUGUAGAAACAUCUACGAUAUCAAGGAUAGCGGAGUUCCUGAUGUGACCGCGCGUAUGCGUAUAAACGAGGAGGUCUCCAAAGUCCUUGGGGUUCUCCGCCGCGGCACGCUGCAGAACAUAAUACUCGCACACGAGCCGCCCACCGCCAUGCCGUUGCUCGAGUUCGUCUCUCACGAGGACUGGGAUGCGCGUGCUGAUCUCGUUGGCCAAACGCUGGCUUGCUCUGGCCUGCUCUGUAAUCUAUCCUUCAUCCUUCACCGUCAUGACUUAUGCCCCUUCGACGCACGCUUCUUCCUCGCUGCAUUCGCUUGGAUGGACUACCUCACGCCUCCAACUCGUAUUGCAGACCUAGCGUCGGCCGAUGCAGGCAUACGGUCCUUUUACAUCGCGACUGUCUCUCACAUUUGCGUGUCGUUCCUGCAGGGUUUCGCACAGUUUCUGCCGCAGGAGCGAGUGCGCGAGGUCAUGCAUUCCGGUGACGAGCGCGCUACGGAUGUCAUGGCCCGGCUCUGGAUGAGCUGGCCGGAUAUCCUCGGCCAUCUAGACGCCUCGCCCGAUCCAACGGAAAAGAAAUCGGUCAUCUACGGCUCCAUCCUCGUACUCCCCACACACUACAAUCAGGUGGAGAGUGAUAGCGCUCUUCGCCGUAGAGUCGUUGACAGCAUCAUGGUCGUCACGAACCGCCGACCUCGUCGCUUCUUUCGCGUCUACGCCCACCACAUCCGCUACACCAUUCAACAUCCAUUCGAAAACGACGAGCAGAAGGUCAUGAAUAGCAUCAUUCGGGCCCUCGAUCUACUCUCGAAAGAGACGCGACUGAAUCUGUCUGGACGGCUCCCGCGAAAACUCGUGUCAGCGGUCAUAGACUGCCUUCUACACCAUAUCCGUCUGGCGCCCUCGGCUAUUGUCUGGCGUAUGGCUUGGAAAUGUCUAGCGGGCAUGUGCCUACGGGAUGCACAUAACUUCACCCACGCCAUCGAGUUCGGCCUGCUAGGGUGCAUGGUCAUCGUCCGCACCACGGUGCCGGAGAUGCCCUUGCUCUCUGAGAUGUAUCGCGUGUUCGGCGAUCUGAGCCAGACGCCCCGCGCCCUGCGCGCCUUCCGCAUAGCACACUCGCGUUCUUCUGCUCUACGCGAGGUCUGGCUCUACAAUGAUCAGGAGUCAAGUAUUGCGAAGACUUACGAAUACUACGAGCACGUCUUGGAUCAGGCUGACAAGUCCUGGGCGCAGACAGCUACAUGUUGCAACGCGGCAUGUCCAUUGGCAGGAGGACAAGCAGAUGCUCUGCGCUCCUGUUCGUGCGGGGACGCACUGUACUGCUCUGAGGCAUGCCAGCGCGCGCACUGGGUCGAUGGGCAUACCAUAGAGUGCGCGAGUCGCCAUCCAGACGUACUUGGGACACUCUCUUCGAAGGAGCUCAACUACUUGAUCGCGGAGGCGCGCGUCGUACUCCAAAAUCUCUUUGAUGGCCUGCCCGCUGAGCCAGCUGAGCCUGGGUCCGCGCUCAAGGUCUUCGUCGACACGAGAAUUCGUGAGAACGGCUGGCCUUCGCUGGACGUGAGCAAGGAGAAGGCCCUCUCCCGCGCCGAGGAGUCCCCUCGCGUGGCCGUCGACAUCGUGUUCGAACAGGGAGACGAUCUGCGUAUACGGCGCAUCUGGUUCCUACCAGAACGGUACGCUGGCUACGUACGGCACUCGUACAGGUUAUUAUCGCAGGCGUUUUUCGAGGGUCGUCGUCAUCAGGAGCCACCACGUCUGGCGAAUCUGACACCUAGGGAGCGUCUGUUCGGUCGCAGUGAAGGUACCACCCGGUGGUAUCCCCAGGACGUGCGAUAGACGCGCCGCCGUUGUACUGAGCUCGAUGUACCUCACACAUGGGUUGUCGGCGUAUUCCAAGGCGCCGCGCGAGAUUAACCCGUACUGCAC